GCGGAGAGUAAUGCGAUGGGAAACGGACCGAGCCGAGCCGGUAAAUCCAUCGAAGCCGCUAAAGCCUUAAUGAUAUCGACAACAAAGCCUCACGCCCGUCCCGGCGACCUCCCUCCUACACUCGCGGCUCAUGCGGCCGGCGCUUUCCUCCCACCGACGCGACCCCUUUACUCCCUAACAACAGCACCCUCUCUUUCUCUAUUCCCACCCACACCCCAUUUUUUCAACGCACCGUUCCCGAUGGGCGACCUAACGGACCUCCAAACGACGCCGUCCAAUGCCACCACCACCCCUCCCUCCUCCAACCCUCGCCCCAUGCCCGUCCGCGAAGACUGCUGGAGCGAGGACGCCACCUCCACUCUCGUCGACGCCUGGGGCCGCCGCUACCUCGAGCUCAACCGCGGGAACCUCCGCCAGAAGGACUGGCAGGAGGUCGCUGACGCCGUCAACGCCCUCCACGGCCACACCAAGAAGACCCACCGGACGGACGUUCAGUGCAAGAACCGAAUCGAUACAAUUAAGAAGAAGUACAAGGUGGAGAAGGCUAGGGUUUCGUCCUCCAACGGAACCCUAACCUCGUCGUGGCCUUUCUUCGAGAGGCUCGACUCCCUCAUCGGAUCUAAUGUCAAGAAGCCGUCUCCCUCGCCUCUCUCGCCUUCGCCGCCGGUCGCCGUUCCGUUGCCUUUGGGGUACCGGAAGACGCCGUCCUCGGCUCCGGUGGUGACGGCUGUGGCGCUUCCGCAGAAGCGGUCGGCGUCGACUGCGGCGCUCGACGAGGGUUUCUUUAGGAUGAAUUACUCGGCUGUGGCUGCGGCUGCAGCCGCGGGGGCUGAGGACGAUGACGACGAGGAUGAGGAUGAGGACGAUGAGGAUAACGAUGAGGUCGAUGAGGAGGUUGAGGUGGAGAGGGAGAGGGAGAGCGGAGGCGAGAUUGGAGGCGGGGGAGGAGAAGGGUUGAAGAGAUUGGCGAGAGCGAUUGAGAGGUUCGGAGAGGUGUAUCAGAGAGUCGAGGCCGAGAAGUUGAGGCAGAUGGUGGAGUUGGAGAAGCAGAGGAUCCAAUUCGCCAAUGAAUUGGAGGUGGAGAGGAUGAGGAUGAUCAUGGACACGCAGGUCCAGCUCGAACGAAUUAAGCACGGCAAGCGAUCGGGCUCUAAUGAUAUCUUUAGCUAGCUAGCCCAGUGACGGAGAAGCUUUAACGUUAAACUUACAUGGGGGAAGCGUUAUGUAGCAUCUCCUUGAUUAUCCUAGAAAGUACAUAUUGUUGCAGCUGAUGAUACUGGACCUGAGAGAAACUGCUGUCACCAACAGUCCCGAGUUUUCUUUUCGGCUCUUUUUAUCUUUUCUUUUCUUUUUUUUUCUUUCGAAAUUACUAUUAUUGUCAACUAUUAUUUUCGGAACAAUAUAAUUGUAUUGUUAGCUUUUAUUAGUUUGAACUCCACAAUUCUAGUUGUCUUGCAAUAUAUAAAUUAGCAGUUAACUU